CUCCUCCCGGCGCCCCUCGCGCGCUUUCGGCCCUUCCGGUGCGGCGCCAUCAGCGGGGCGGGAGCCAUGGCGAUCCGCUACCCCAUGGCCGUUGGCCUCAACAAGGGCUACAAGGUGACCAAGAACGUGUCCAAGCCCAGGCAGUGCCGCCGCCGCGGGCGCCUGACCAAACACACCAAGUUUGUGCGAGACAUGAUCAGGGAAGUCUGCGGCUUCGCACCCUACGAGAGACGCGCCAUGGAGCUGUUGAAAGUUUCCAAAGACAAACGUGCCCUGAAGUUCAUAAAGAAACGGGUCGGCACUCACAUUCGGGCCAAGCGGAAGCGGGAAGAACUCAGCAACGUUCUGGCAGCCAUGAGGAAAGCUGCGGCGAAGAAGGACUGAGGGGUGCAGUCUGCAACUCUAUUAAUAAAGUCCUUUCUCAAACAGUG